AUGGAAGAAACUCUAAUCGUAGGACCAAUUUCUGCUGGAAUGCUUGUGACAAUUGGAAAAGUUACAGUUGGUGGUAUUUACCAGUUAGCAAAGCAAAUACAUCAAACUAUGGAAAAUUAUGAAUUAAAUGAAGAAUAUUGUACCGAGUUGAACGAUCAUGUUUAUGAAGUUGUGAAUUGUUUGAAGUCAAUUCCAUACAAUCGUCUGAAUCAUGAAAGUUUUCGACAACCAAUAUCAAAUUUACACGCUUGCUUUGGAGAAUGUUGGAACCUGACCAGUGAAUAUAGUGAAAUAACAUCUAUUGAGCGAUUUCUUCGAGCUAGUCACUAUCAACGUCUAUUCGAAAAAUUGAAGACACAAUUAGUUGAUUAUAAAGACCGUUUGACAUUUGCUAUGAAUGUUCAAAAUUUCGUGAUCACAACGUCAUCUCAUGUUCGUAGAAACACUCGACCACAGCGAGGUGGUAAUACUUAUGGAUACAUGCCACAGACAACUUAUGUAAGUGAAUGA